AUGAAGUUUUCAAUUCUCUCCUUUACCCUCCCUAUUCUGGGGUUGGAUGCGCUCGUCAAUGCCCUGCCGACUGUGGAAAACAUUGCUAGAUUCAAUGCGGAUCAGUCUCACGAAGGAUGUCCGUAUGCGCAGCUUCAAGCCGAGCUCAAGCAUAAGCGCGAAAAGCGGAUGCUUUUCGACACAAUGAAAAAACCCAUCGAGACUACUGGAAAACAUGCUUUCGUACCACCCAACUUCGAAGCCGGUGAUCAGCGAGGCCCUUGCCCAGGCUUGAACGCUUUGGCAAACCAUGGAUAUAUCCCACAUAACGGGGUUACAACUACAGCUCAAGUUAUCUUUGCGAUCAACGAUGUAUAUGGAAUGGGCCUCGACCUUGCGACAAUUCUUGGAGUCUUGGGAACUGUGUGGGUUGGGAAUCCAAUCUCCUUAACUCCAGGAUUCAGCAUUGGAGGGCCGACUCAUCUGUCUGAAAAUAUCCUGCACGAUCUUCUUGGCUUGGUUGGCACCCCGCAAGGUCUAAUCGGGUCUCACAACAUGAUCGAAUCAGACUCUUCCAAUACGCGAGAUGACCUAUAUGCCACAGGAAAUGCACAUACACUUCGAAUGGACAAGUUUAUGGCUUGGUAUAACAUGUCCAGGGAACACCCGGUCGGGGAUUAUAACAUGGACGUCAUGGCACGCCGGGCAGCGGACAGAUUCCAAGAAAGCAAAUUUGAGAACCCAUACUUCUACUACGGCCCAGUUACCGGUUUGAUCAACCGCAACGCUGGGUACAUUUUCCCCGGUCGACUAUUCAGGAACCAUUCCAGUGGAAACCCUCAGGGUGCCUUGACAAAAAACAUUAUCAAGAACUUCUACGGUAUUUAUGGCGAAGAGGACUGCUUCGAGUACAAGGAGGGCUGGGAAAGGAUUCCAGAAAACUGGUAUCGCACGCCAGUCGAUUACGGUCUAAUCCAAUUUAAUCUUGAUAUCAUUGACUGGGUUGUUAAAUAUCCCGAGUUGGCAAGCAUCGGCGGUAACAUGGGCAAAAUCAACACUUUCGCCGGUAUCGACCUUGGCAAUCUUACAAGCGGGAUUGCAAACGCCGGCCAUAUUCUCGAAGAAAACAAUCUCAUCUGCUUCCUUCUCCAGUUCAUCAAAACCUUCGCUCCCAACGUUCUAUCUAGCACCGUCGCUACCCUCGAAGCCCCACUCAAGCUCCUGACCGAGACUAUCAACACUCCUCUCCUUGAUCUCGGCUGUCCCGCAAUGGCUGACCUAACCAAGGGCGGCAAGCCUAUUUGGGAUGUGUUGCUGGAUACAUUUCCCGGUGCAAAGAAGGGCGGGACUCCACUCUGAAUUCUGAACUAAGCGGGCCUUAAUUCUCAACCAAUGUAGGUUUACAUUGAUUGGAUAUAGCCGAAAGUAGCCUAAACUCUUGAAUAAUAUCGUUUGAUUCUUUAGCCUUCUUUUCAACCUAUCUACUGUGUCUGCGGUUUCGUUGUCCCAGACAGUUCUUCAUCAUCAAGUUGGCUAUCAAACAUAGCUAGUUCUCACUUUUAUCUCUCUCUAUUAUGCAUGUGCAGGGCGCGUUUGACCUUAAUUCCUC